GCUAUCAAGUACUAGCUCCCACUGCCUAUUACGAUCAGACUGGUGCCUUGGUAGUAGGCCCUGGAGCAAGAACUGGCCUUGGAGCACCAGUCAGAUUGGUGGCUUCAACUCCUGUUAUCAUCAGUUCUGCAGCAGCCCAAGCAGCUGCAGCUGCUUCAGCUGGAGGAACAGCAAACAAUCUCACGGGAGCCACGAACGGUCUGUUUCGGCCCCUUGGUGCCCAGCCACAACAACAGCAACAGCAAACAAAUAGUAGCCUCCAGUCCAAUUCAUUUUAUGGCAGUAACUCUUUGACCAAUAACUCCCAGAGCAGUUCCCUUUUUUCACAUGGUCCUGGCCAACCAGGCAGCACAUCUCUUGGCUUUGGAAGUAGCAGCUCUUUAGGAGCAGCUAUCGGCUCUGCGCUUGGUGGAUUUGGCUCAUCAGUUGGCAGUUCUGCAAGUAGUAGUGCCACAAGGAGAGAUUCUCUAUCUACUAGCUCUGACUUGUACAAAAGAUCUAGUAGCAGCCUAGCACCCAUAGGGCAGCCUUUUUACAAUAGUCUGGGAUUUUCCUCCUCUCCAAGUCCAAUAGGCAUGCCUCUGCCAAGCCAAACGCCAGGACAUUCACUUACGCCACCGCCAUCACUUUCAUCACAUGGAUCCUCAUCCAGUUUGCAUUUAGGAGGACUGACAAAUGGUAGUGGUCGCUAUAUUUCUGCAGCACCUGGAGCCGAAGCAAAGUAUCGCAGUGCAGCAAGUACCUCCAGUCUUUUUAGCUCCACCAGUCAGCUCUUCCCUCCUUCACGCCUUCGUUACAGUAGGUCUGAUAUUAUGCCUUCUGGACGUAGUCGGUUGCUGGAAGAUUUCCGAAACAAUCGUUUCCCUAAUCUUCAACUAAGAGACCUUGUUGGACAUAUUGUUGAAUUUUCCCAAGACCAGCAUGGUUCUAGGUUUAUACAGCAAAAGCUGGAGCGAGCUACUCCAGCUGAGCGCCAGAUGGUAUUUAAUGAGAUCCUGCAAGCGGCGUAUCAGUUGAUGACUGAUGUGUUUGGAAACUAUGUAAUACAGAAGUUCUUUGAGUUUGGAAGCCUGGAUCAAAAGUUAGCCCUAGCGACACGCAUCCGUGGUCACGUUCUGCCGUUAGCCCUGCAGAUGUACGGUUGUCGUGUUAUUCAGAAAGCACUUGAGUCAAUCUCACCUGACCAGCAGAAUGAAAUGGUGAAAGAGUUGGAUGGUCAUGUUCUGAAAUGUGUGAAAGAUCAAAACGGAAACCACGUCGUACAAAAAUGCAUCGAGUGUGUUCAGCCCCAGUCACUCCAGUUCAUCAUUGACGCAUUCAAAGGACAGGUAUUUGUACUUUCAACCCAUCCAUAUGGUUGUAGAGUAAUUCAGCGUAUUCUGGAACACUGCACUGCCGAGCAGACUCUGCCAAUCUUAGAAGAACUGCAUCAACACACGGAGCAGCUAGUGCAGGAUCAGUAUGGAAAUUACGUUAUUCAGCACGUACUGGAGCACGGUCGUCCGGAAGACAAGAGUAAAAUAGUUUCAGAAAUAAGAGGAAAAGUUCUAGCUCUGAGUCAGCACAAAUUUGCCAGCAAUGUGGUAGAAAAAUGUGUAACUCACGCUUCUCGUGCUGAAAGAGCUUUACUUAUCGAUGAGGUGUGUUGUCAGAACGAUGGUCCUCACAGUGCCUUAUACACCAUGAUGAAGGACCAGUACGCCAACUACGUUGUCCAGAAGAUGAUUGAUAUGGCUGAACCUGCUCAGCGGAAGAUAAUAAUGCACAAGAUUCGACCCCACAUCACGACUCUGCGUAAAUACACCUACGGCAAACACAUUCUGGCCAAGCUGGAGAAGUAUUACCUGAAGAACAGCGCUGAUCUGGGGCCAAUUGGCGGACCACCGAAUGGGAUGCUGUAAAAGACAAAAUGAAAUGGAAGGAAGCAAAAUUGGAAUUGUGAAUGAUCAAACCAUACAACUUAACUAUAAAUGUUCUGAUUUUUUUAAAUCUAUUUAUUGACUCUGUUCAUCCAUUUGUAAAAUUUUUAUUCUUGUGUAUAUUUUUGGGGAGCGAAUUAU